UCCAAAGGUGAUGAUGCAUCCUUCUCAUAUGAUGGAAUGGCUGAAGAUCACCCACUCAAGCGAGGAAUCACUUUAUUUCUGACACUUCAAAAACUCUCCACCAGAUUUACGAGGUGGAGUUGGGGCAUCUGAAAGCAGGUCCACAAAAAACUCAAUUACCACCAUUUAAAACAAAACAUGUUUUCACCAUUUAAAACAAAACAUGUUUUGAGACGCAGAAGAACUCAAACAAGAUAACAAUGGAGAUUCCAAACUUUGUCAGAGUUCACGAAGAUGGCACCAUCGAACGCCUCCAAGGCUCUCCCUUUGUGCCGCCCACGCUUCAAAAUCCGACAACAAAUGUAUCAUCGAAAGACGUUGUCAUCUCAGAUAAACCUCCCAUCUCUGCUCGUCUAUACCUUCCAAACGGAAUCCAGUCCCAGGAGGACAAUCUCAGUAGUAACAACCUCAAACUCCCCAUCUUGGUCUACUUUCACGGUGGAGGAUUUUUCUUCGAAUCUGCCUUCAGCCAACUCCACCAGAACUAUUUCAACACGUUUCUCUCCGUCGCAGACAUUUUAGUCGUUUCUGUGGAGUACAGAUUGGCACCGGAGACUCCUCUUCCUGCGGCUUAUCACGACUGCUGGGAAGCUCUGAAAUGGGUGGCAGCCAAGGCUGACCCGUGGGUUCUCAAACACGGCGAUUUCGACAGAGUGUUCGUUGGAGGUGACAGUGCUGGCGCUAACAUAGCGCAUAACAUUGCCAUGCGAGCUGGGGCCGAAGCAUUACCCGGUGGUGUAACAGUUUUAGGCGCUCUGGUUUCUCAUCCCUACUUCUUGGGGUCAAAGCGAAUCGGGAGUGAAACGGAAGAAAGCGUGUGCUUUAGGUGUUGGGAAUGGAUUCAGUCGUGUGACGACGGUGGGUUUGACAACCCGUUGAUAAAUCCGCUGAGUAGUGCGGCGGCUUCGUUGAGUGGGCUUGGGUGUCGGAAGGUUCUGGUUUGCACGGCGGAGAUGGAUGAGCUGAGGGAAAGAGGUGUGUGGUACUACGAGGCUGUGAAAAAGAGUGGGUGGGAAGGGGAAGUGGAACUGUACGAAGUGGACGGCGAGGAUCACGUUUUUCACGUCAACGAUCCACGAACCCAGAAUGCUCACAACAUGUUCAAACGCUUUGCGGAUUUUAUCCUUCACUAGAAAAAAAAAUAAAAAAUAAAAAAGGAGUUAUCACUCAAAUAAAUUAUGUAAUGAAAAAUAAAAUAACUUUUUUUUUUUAGGAAAAUUUGGACAUCGUU